UCGAGCCGCCGGGGCUGGAGGAGGGAGCGGAGACCCAGGCAGGGAGGAGGGUGUGGCGUGCGGGAACCCCGCUCAGGAGAUGGCCUCAGUGAGUCGCCGACCCCGGAUUCGUGCCCGAAACGCUGAUUUCCGAAUUUCCGUCGGUCGCGGCCGCGUGGGGGACUCCCGCCAGGGACAAGUGUCAGCGGUCGGGGGGCAGGCGUGGGCAGUGCCGGUGCCAGGGCGAGGAAGGGGCUGUCGGCAGGAAACGGAGAAUGCUGGCACGUGUGUCCUGGUCCUUGACACCCUUCUGUGAGCCUAGGGACCCAUUUCUCCUCCUGUGACAGGGACAUCGGUGGAACCGUCUCAGACCCACAGGGGUCCUUGGUGAAUUUUGUAAUGGUUAUUUAAGGAACCUUGCCUAGAAGUCCCAACUUGCAGUUCCCCAUUGACGGGAAGGCUUGGACUCCAAGAUGAUUAUAAAGGAAUAUCGGAUUCCUCUGCCAAUGACCGUGGAGGAGUACCGCAUUGCCCAGCUGUACAUGAUACAGGUGCUUUUGUCCCCACAGAAGAAGAGCCGUAACGAGACAUAUGGUGAAGGCAGCGGCGUGGAGAUCCUGGAGAACCGGCCGUACACAGAUGGCCCAGGCGGCUCUGGGCAGUACACACACAAGGUGUAUCAUGUGGGCAUGCACAUCCCCAGCUGGUUCCGCUCCAUCCUGCCCAAGGCAGCCCUGCGGGUGGUGGAGGAGUCCUGGAAUGCCUACCCCUACACCCGAACCAGGUUCACCUGCCCUUUCGUGGAGAAAUUCUCCAUCGACAUUGAAACAUUUUAUAAAACUGAUGCUGGAGAAAACCCCGACGUGUUCAACCUCUCUCCUGUGGAAAAGAACCAGCUGACAAUCGACUUCAUCGACAUUGUCAAAGACCCUGUGCCCCACAACGAGUAUAAGACAGAAGAGGACCCCAAACUGUUCCAGUCAACCAAGACCCAGCGGGGACCCCUGUCAGACAACUGGAUCGAGGAGUACAAGAAGCAGGUCUUCCCCAUCAUGUGUGCAUACAAGCUCUGCAAGGUGGAGUUCCGCUACUGGGGCAUGCAGUCCAAGAUCGAGAGGUUCAUCCAUGACACCGGACUACGGAGGGUGAUGGUGCGGGCUCACCGGCAGGCCUGGUGCUGGCAGGACGAGUGGUAUGGGCUGAGCAUGGAGAACAUCCGGGAGCUGGAGAAGGAGGCGCAGCUCAUGCUUUCCCGUAAGAUGGCCCAGUUCAAUGAGGAUGGUGAGGAGGCCACUGAGCUCAUCAAGCAUGAAGCUGCCUCGGACCAGGCCUCUGGGGAGCCCCCGGAGCCCAGCAGCAGCAACGGGGAGCCCCUGGUGGGGCGGGGCCUCAAGAAACAGUGGUCCACAUCCUCCAAGUCGUCUCGGUCGUCCAAGCGGGGAGCGAGUCCUUCCCGCCACAGCAUCUCGGAGUGGAGGAUGCAGAGUAUCGCCAGGGACUCGGACGAGAGCUCAGACGACGAGUUCUUCGAUGCGCACGAGGACCUGUCUGACACAGAGGAAAUGUUCCCCAAGGACAUCACCAAGUGGAGUUCCAAUGACCUCAUGGACAAGAUCGAGAGCCCAGAGCCGGAAGACACACAAGAUGGUCUGUACCGCCAGAGCUCCCCUGAGUUCAGGGUGGCCUCCAGUGUGGAACAGCUGAACAUCAUAGAGGACGAGGUUAGCCAGCCGCUGGCUGCACCGCCCUCCAAGAUCCACGUGCUGCUACUGGUGCUGCACGGAGGCACCAUCCUGGAUACGGGCGCCGGGGACCCCAGUUCCAAGAAGGGUGAUGCCAACACCAUCGCCAAUGUGUUCGACACUGUCAUGCGUGUGCACUACCCCAGCGCCCUGGGCCGCCUUGCCAUCCGCCUGGUGCCCUGCCCGCCCGUCUGCUCUGACGCCUUUGCCCUGGUCUCCAACCUCAGCCCCUACAGCCAUGACGAAGGCUGUCUGUCCAGCAGUCAGGACCACAUUCCCCUGGCUGCCCUCCCCCUGCUGGCCACCUCCUCCCCCCAGUACCAGGAGGCGGUUGCCACAGUGAUUCAGCGAGCCAACCUUGCCUAUGGGGACUUCAUCAAGUCCCAGGAGGGCAUGACCUUCAAUGGGCAGGUCUGCCUGAUUGGGGACUGCGUCGGGGGCAUCCUGGCAUUUGAUGCCCUAUGCUACAGCAACCAGCCGGUGUCUGAGAGUCAAAGCAGCAGCCGCCGGGGCAGUGUGGUCAGCAUGCAGGACAACGACAUGCUGUCCCCGGGCAUUCUGGUGAAUGCAGCACACUGCUCCGGUGGUGGCAACAGUGGUGGUGGUGGCAGUAGUGGUGGCUCCAGCCUGGAGAGCAGUCGGCACCUGAGCCGAAGCAACGUCGACAUCCCCCGCAGCAAUGGCCCCGAGGACCCCAAAAGGCAGCUGCCCCGCAAGAGGAGCGACUCGUCCACCUAUGAGCUAGACACCAUCCAGCAGCACCAGGCCUUCCUGUCCAGCCUCCAUGCCAGCGUGCUGAGGACUGAGCCCUGCUCACGCCAUUCCAGCAGCUCCACCAUGCUGGACGGCACAGGUGCCCUGGGCAGGUUUGACUUUGAGAUCACGGACCUCUUCCUCUUCGGGUGCCCCCUGGGGCUGGUCCUGGCCUUGAGGAAGACUGUCAUCCCAGCCCUGGAUGUUUUCCAGCUGCGGCCGGCCUGCCAGCAAGUCUACAACCUCUUCCACCCCGCGGACCCGUCAGCGUCGCGCCUGGAGCCGCUGCUGGAACGGCGCUUCCACGCUCUGCCGCCUUUCAGUGUCCCCCGCUACCAACGCUACCCGCUGGGGGACGGCUGCUCCACACUGCUGGGUGAGAGGCACAUUCCGCCCUGCUCCUCUAGGGGAAGGUCGGGGAGGCGUGGCUCCCUGGCCUCUAGGUCCUCCAUGCCACGUGGUUCUUCCCCAGUCGAGACCGUGCAGAGAAACCCUGAGCUGGUCCUGGAGGGCGGCCCCCUGGCCCCUCUCCCCCACGGGGACAGCUUCCUGGAAACCAGUAUGCCUGUUCCCGCGCCCACCUGGCAAGACGGGCCCCGCCCGGACUCUGCCGAGUCAGAUGUGCUCCAGACCCACAAUGUGGCCUUCCAAGAGCAUGCCACCCCCUCCUCGCCCAGCCCUGCCCCUGCCAGUCGUGGCUUCCGCCGAGCCAGUGAGAUCAGCAUCGCCAGCCAGGUGUCAGGCAUGGCCGAGAGCUACACGGCAUCCAGCAUUGCCCAGAAGGCCCCCGAUGCGCUCAGCCAUACCCCCAGCGUCAGGCGUCUGUCCCUGCUCGCCCUGCCCCCACCCCGCCCUAUCACCCCUGGCCCCCACCCUCCAGCCAGGCAGGCGAGCCCCAGCCUGGAGAGGGCCCCCGGCCUCCCUGAGCUGGACAUCAGAGAAGUCGCUGCAAAGUGGUGGGGCCAGAAGCGGAUCGACUAUGCCCUGUACUGCCCUGAUGCCCUCACGGCCUUCCCCACUGUGGCUCUGCCUCACCUCUUCCACGCCAGCUACUGGGAGUCAACAGACGUGGUCUCCUUCCUGCUGAGACAGGUCAUGAGGCAUGACAACUCCAGCAUCUUGGAGCUGGAUGGCAAGGAAGUGUCGGUGUUCACCCCCUCCAAGCCAAGAGAGAAGUGGCAGCGCAAGCGGACCCACGUGAAGCUGCGGAACGUGACGGCCAACCACCGGAUCAAUGAUGCCCUCGCCAAUGAGGACGGCCCCCAGGUUCUGACGGGCAGGUUCAUGUAUGGGCCCCUGGACAUGGUCACCCUGACUGGGGAGAAGGUGGAUGUGCACAUCAUGACCCAGCCACCCUCGGGCGAGUGGCUCUACCUGGAUACGCUGGUGACCAACAACAGUGGGCGUGUCUCCUACACCAUCCCUGAGUCGCACCGCCUGGGCGUGGGUGUCUACCCCAUCAAGAUGGUGGUCAGGGGAGACCACACGUUUGCCGACAGCUACAUCACUGUGCUGCCCAAGGGCACAGAGUUCGUGGUCUUCAGCAUCGACGGUUCCUUUGCCGCUAGCGUGUCCAUCAUGGGCAGUGACCCCAAGGUGCGGGCCGGGGCCGUGGACGUGGUGCGGCACUGGCAGGACCUGGGCUACCUCAUCAUCUACGUGACGGGCCGACCCGACAUGCAGAAGCAGCGGGUGGUGGCGUGGCUGGCCCAGCACAACUUCCCCCACGGCGUGGUGUCCUUCUGUGAUGGCCUGGUGCAUGACCCGCUGCGGCACAAGGCCAACUUCCUGAAGCUGCUCAUCUCCGAGCUGCACCUGCGCGUGCAUGCGGCCUACGGCUCCACCAAGGACGUGGCGGUCUACAGCGCCAUCAGCCUAUCCCCCAUGCAGAUCUACAUCGUGGGCCGGCCCACCAAGAAGCUGCAGCAGCAGUGCCAGUUCAUCACGGACGGCUACGCAGCCCACCUGGCGCAGCUGAAGUACAGCCACCGGGCGCGGCCUGCUCGCAACACAGCCACCCGCAUGGCGCUGCGCAAGGGCAGCUUCGGCCUGCCUGGCCAGGGUGACUUCCUGCGUUCUCGCAACCACCUGCUUCGCACCAUCUCGGCCCAGCCCAGCAGGCCCAGCCACCGGCACGAGCGGACACAGAGCCAGGCAGAUGGCGAGCAGCGGGGCCAGCGCAGCAUGAGCAUGGCGGCCGGCUGCUGGGGCCGCGCCAUGACUGGCCGCCUGGAGCCGGGGGCGGCCACGGGCCCCAAGUAGGGCACCCUGAGUGCAGUACGAGGUCUCCAUGGUGCUAGGAGGCCUGGCCUGGGUACAUGCAGAGACGUGGGCCAGGGAGCUUGUCCCAGGGCCUUGCAGAGGACACGGGCCACACCACACAGUGCUCCCUGCCCUGCCUCACGUCCUCAGGCCUGACGGGUCCAGCUUGUCAUGGAAGCUGGCAGGGACCACCAGCCCCAGGAUGGCAGAGGGACCAGGACUCCCCACUCAGACUGGCCUGGGAGGCUCUCCCAGACAUUUUGCCCUGCGUGGAUCUCCAAGUGUCCUGGUGCCAGGUGUGGGCCCAAGCCCAGCCUGCCACCUCCCAAUUCACUGGCCACCCUCACUCCCAGGUCCCCUCCCAUUUGGUAGCAGCUCCAACAGGGGUCCAGCCUGCAUCUUGUUAACUCGAGUUUCUCAACUGUUCAACCUCACUGGUUUUGCACUGAUUUUUGAGAGCGGAGACCCAUUGCCACCUCCUAUGGCUACAGACCCGUUGACAUGCAUGAAACUCAGUACCUGCUGACCCAGGACCUACAACCACACUGAAGGCUCCAGUGCGGCAGAGCCUCGUGCAAGCAGGAGAGAAAGGCCGUAUCUUAAUUUCUGCACCCCGGACCCUGCCCACCUGUCCGCCUGCCCUGCCUGGAGCCCAGGCCAGUGUUGUUUCCAGCCUCAGGCCACAGGCUGGACGGGCCUGGCCGCCUCUUCCGCUCCCUGCCAUCAGUCAAGGCCGCCCGCCCACGUUUCUACGCCUUUCUACUUCUCAAUCUGAUUUCUAUGAGGUUUUUUUAAAUGAGCAAUCCUUGGCUGCUUCCUUUUCUUAACUCUUUCAGUACUGAGAGCAGCCCCUCCACACUGAAAACACCCAGCACUGUGACGGAGUCCAGCCUGGUUCUGGGUCCCGUGGGCCCUGCUCCUGCCCACUCAGCGAGGCAUGGGCUCCUUGCCUCACCCGGCCCCCGGCAAUCCCACUGAAUUUCUACUCUGGGGUGGGUGGGGCACACACUUCGGUUUUUUUAAAGCCAAUUCCGUUUUCAUGCCGAAUCUAAGAAGCCACAACUUGCUUUGUCAGCUUCAGGGCAGGCAGCCAUGACUUCAUUUCUCACCUGAACAAGGACCAUGCUGUCCUGCACGCUGGGUCUGACCGUCUGCCCUCUCUCCCCAGCACCAAGCGUACCUUGGCUGUGGCGCUCAAUGGCCAGCUCCAGUGGCCCCUCUGCUGCUCCUCGGCUUUCCCUGAGGUGGGAGAGCCUGCCUGGCCUCAGCCUUUGUCCAGCGAACAGGCUACGUCCCCAAGAAGCUACGGCUGACCUGGGCCUGGCGUUGGGCCGCGUGGACGGGGCUGGGGAGGUGCACAGAGUGAUGUUAACUUUUUCUUGUGUGUAGAUAUGUACAGCCAAAGGGUCGUGUAAAUGUUCUGCAAAAGUGGGUCUAUACAGAGUGAAAGCUAUUUAUUUUGUGCAGAGAAAAAUGUCUGGAGGGAUGGAACCUUCAGGGUUUAUUCAUAUUUAAGAUGUAGCUUUUUGUUGUUGUUUCAGGCAUUAUGUAUAAAGCAACGAUUAUUUUAUGGACCAAGUUUUCAUGUAACUAUUGCAGUGAAAGUGCAAUAUCUGACACCCCUGCUCCCAGCGGGAAGUCGCUUGGCCCGACAAUCACAGCCCUGGUCAGGGGCCCUGUGGCCAGUGCCUCCUCCACUCUCGGCCCCACCUCAUCUUGUCUUGCCUGCUGCCUCGGUGACCAGCCAUCCAGAGAAGCACCUGGAAGAGUCUCGGGCCCUCCUGCAAUAAAGGCCGGGAGGCCCUGUGGGCAGUGGGCUCAGCCUCUCCCUAGGGGGCAGCUCCCCCACGGCUCCUCGGCUCCUCGCUCCCCACCUGCCUGCCCAGCCGCCAGCCACGCCAAGGACAACAGCAAUAGUCCCCUGGGGCUCUCCCAGCGGCCCUCAGCCAUAGAUGGCGAGGUGGGCAGCCUGUCCCCCAUGGGAAGUCUCUUCUGCAUCCAGGUCUGCUUUCCUCCUCCCUUCAGAUUCCUUUUGGCACAUUCUCCUCUUGAGGAAGCACCAGUCUUUCUGAAACUAAGAGAGGGAAGGCAACGUCCUUUAAAAAUACCAAAAAUGUUUACAGAGUUGGGUGCUGAGCUGCAGAGCUCAGGCCUGACCAGUCAUAACCAAAGGGUGAGGCAGGCCUUGCUGACUGCCACCCCCCAGGCCUGUUAGAAUAGAAGCCUUAGUCCUACUCCCACCACACCCCCAGGCCCCAGGCCCCACCACCUGCCUUCUCUUUGAUUUCUAAAGAGGGAUUCAGCAGAGACCCUCACCCCUCCCUGGCUCGGUCUGAGUCCCACUGCCCGCCCCAUCACAGCCUUCACGUCUCAGCCCCUCCUGUCUGGUCUGUCCAUGUGCCAUCUGUCUCUCUGGGCCAUGUGUGAGCAGCAUCCCCACUCUCCCCACCCGUCCCUGCUGUCCCCGCAUCAUUGGGCCUGAGUGUGCUCUGUAUACGUCAUGUCUCUUACACCAAUUAAAGAAGCGGGAAGGCUU